ACCCCACAUUUCAAACAGCUCUCAGUCCAGGCUGUAGACUCGACUCGAUCACCCUCAGUCAUGUUGCGUCCGGCGGUCUUUGGCCUCAUCCUGGCAUGUGCAGUGUCUCUAAGCCACACUGCUGUGAUUCUGGACAAUGGCAUGCCUAUCCUUUGGGCACAAACAGCUGCUGAAGUGUCUGCAUUGCCAUCGCAAAAUGGAAUUCUGACUCCUGAUCCCUGGCAUUUUCUUAAUCGCAUGAGUCUUUACCGGCUCCUCAUAGCUUCUACAGAUCCUUACAUGGGAUCCAUGGGGACGGGCCCUACAGACAGUCCACUGUGGGGGCUGCCACUGCAGCUUGGAUGGAUGCUAACUUCAGGGCGUCUUGCUGACCCAACCGGUGCAACAACCUGUGGUCUGCAAACAGGAGACACUAUGUGCAUCUCACCUCAGAGCUGGUGGAGCUGUGUAAACUAUUUCACCUCUGCACUUCCCUUCCUGUCUGCUGCACAAAGCGGCUUCAUGGGAGAGGGGGUCCAGGUCCAGCUGCAGGCGCCUGCAGGUGUAGAGGACUAUUGUACGACCUAUGCUGACUGUUCAACUCGCUACCCUGAUGCCAUGUCAAAGUGGGAUGCCUUUUUCCUGGCUCUCAAGGCUUCCACUCUGGAUAUUGUGCCGGAGAACGAGAAGAAAGACGCUCUCCUUGGUACCUAUUGGGAAGCUCAAAUGGCUUCAACUUAUGCCUCUGCAGCAUGCAAUGCCAGGCAGAGCCACUACUCCUCUGAGGAGCUGUCAUUUGCCGAAAGCUGGUUGAACUCAGCUGAAUAUGUGUCUGCAGCUCAUUUCCAGGCCAACUUGGAGAAAUCUACAUUGUUCCUAACCCCUCUGCCAAGCCGAAUUUUACGGGCGGGUGAUGUGGCACCUAACAUUGCCGAUCUGAGUCAAGAGGAGAAUCACUCACUGUCUGUCUUUUCCUGGAUAAAGAGCAUGAACACCAUCCUUGGUGGGACGUUGGUGCGUAUGUGGAAAAGCGCCAUGUGCUCAGUGACCACACGAGAGAAAGGCAGAGAGUUGUUAGAACAGCUGCUGCUGAAUCCCAGCUUCGCCACAGGCACUUUCCUGUCCAUCAUCACUGGAAUGACUACAAGCUGCUGAGAUAAACACAAACAGAAAAUAAGGAGACACAACUUCUUCAGUAUGAUGGUGGUCACUUUCUUACCUGGAAAAUGACAUUCCCUUUUAUACAAAAGAAUUGAAAGCCGUCAUUACCUGGAUGCAGCUUCAGAUUAAAGUAGUCUAUCAUGUGUAUGUUCUUGUCACACUUUUGUGAACAUGUUUCCCAGUAAAAGGUUAACAAGC